AUGUCGGUAACACUUGCGUUCGCCCCGCGCUCUUUGCCAGCGCGGCUGGCUGUUCGGCCAGACCUCCAACGCCAAAUGCUCCGAUGGGGUAAAGGCUCAACUUGUUCUCAGACGCGUCCUCCUCUUCGCAGGUGGCUUGGGUCAAAAACAAGUGAAGUCGACGUUGGUCAAUGUUUAGCUACUACAUGGCUAACGACGACGCCUGAACAGCUGACUCCAGAUGACAUUCUAUCCGGCUUCCCUAACGCUGCGCCCAAUUCGGCAUUGGAAUACAUCCCGGUCCUUCUCUUCACUCCGGCCUUCGCCCAUUGGGCUGAUACACAAAGCGCAUUUGUCGAGCAGUGCCUGAGUCGAUUCUACCGCGAGGCGCUAGGUCGGUCCCCGGAAACUGCUAUCCAUGCGAUCACUGCCAUAAUCGAUCGCCUGCCGCGCAUUGCACAGAAUGGUGGAAGUAUACUGGGAGAUGAGACAGAGUGCGAGGGAGUUUCGAUUCUAUUCGCUCGAGGGGAGAACAUCCAGGGCAAAGCUGUUACACAGCGCCAAAUCCGCUCAACGGAAACCGAAAAGCCAACACUGCUUUUCUCUUUCCGUGAGGAGGUUGGAGGUAGCAACGCCAUACGCCAGCCCGUCCACGAAAUUGGAUUACAGCUCGCAAACACUAUAUUUCUAAACGGCAAGGAAAACACACUUCUAGGGACUCGCUGGGCUUACGAUUCGUCUUCCAUGAGACUUAAACUGGAUAAAUCAGCCGAUCUCUCGACAUGCUCGGUGACAACGACCCCAACCAGCAUUUCCAGCUCACUCAAGCUCCCCUUGCACCCUGUCGGUCAACGAAGGAAGGUCAUAACGAGUAUGGGAAACAUUCUGCGUCAAAUAGCGAAACACACCGACGGUAACUCGAAUGACCCGAUACCAGCUUCUUCUGAACUUGAAAAGGAACUCCCGCGGUAUAUCGCGGAAAACAAAAUUACCGACCAAAGGGUUUCUGUCUGGGCCUUGAUUGAAACGUCAGCCGAAAGUCCGUAUACUAAAUCAAAGCACUCGCAGAGUAGCCUUGCAAGCGCAAUUCAAACGGGCGCCAAGCUUCACCGCGUCAUGAGUGGCGGGGGUGGAUGGGGGAAGAAGCAGGGCCUCCUGUCACUCGAUCCAGAAAUGAGCUUUGGACAGUCCAGCAAUGAGGGUAUGAAACCCCUCAGUGGGGUUCUUUCGCCUGAAAAUAGAAGCUCAGUAUACGGGUUAACUUCCCCUCCCGAGCCGCCGAUGUCCAUGCAGGAUUUGUCAACCCUGUCGCAGGCUGCAGAGCCCGGUGACUACGUCCAAUUUUUCGCCUCCGUCGAAGAGAAUGGGCUAUGCGAGGAGGGCAAUAGCAUCCCUGAACCCUCAGAAGCAAGUCUGACUUGCUCAUUUGGAGUACUGUCGGAUGCCGAUUCGUUUCUAGGCCAUACUGUAAAGCACAAAACCCUAACGACUAUACCGAACUAUUUCGGAGCAUUGUCCGAAAAGGCCAUCACAUACCUACAUCCAAUGGACAAGUCUGGGCCAGGUGGUAUACUCGAAUCUCGUACGAAGAUCGAUGUUCCUGGAUCACGGGUUACCUUGGUACUCGAGUGA